AGUUAGUGUCUGUAUAUAUGCCAUGUAUGGUGUGUACAUAUUUAUAUCGAGAGUUGGUCUGUGAUAAUCCAAAUAUCUGCGGGAGAGAAAAAAGAAAAUCUCUCUUCUUUCACAUGUGUUUUUCCUCGGAUUCUUGACGCGUAAUACUAUCGUCCAAAUUUCUGUCCGUGUAGAAUUUCGUCAAAAAGGGAGCUUCAAACUCAGUGAAAUACAGAAUAAUUAACUCAUGUUGAGACCAUAUUUGUUUCAAAAUUGUCUAUGAUUUCUUCUCUGGGAGGAUUAAAUGGAAGAGUUCGGAAAACAUGAACGCCGGUGGUCAUUCUCAGACACGAUGGCCGCCAGAAAAUCGGUUUAUAGUGAAGGAUCAUCGCCGGGAACGGAUUCAGGAGGUUCUGUAAUUCCGGCAGAGGAGUUUGUUGAAGUUACGCUUGAUCUCCAGGAUGAUGAUACAAUAAUACUACGUAGUGUUGAACCGGCAACGUUCAUUAACAUAGAUUCCGGCAAUGACGUUGUUUCUGGAUUCGCCGGAAUCGAAACGCCGACACCGGCUUCAACGUCAGCUUCCCGGUCACCAACUAUGCACCGAAGCUCUUCCAGUAGGCUUCGACAAUUUUCUCAGGAACUGAGAGCUGAAGCAGUAGCAAAAGCCAAGCAGUUUUCACAGGAUCUGAAGGCUGAAUUAAAGCGAUUUUCAUGGAGCCACGGGCAUGCGACACGUGUUAUCAACGGUGACGCUGAAGGCGGAGGUGAUGGAAUAGAGUCCGCGCUGGCAGCACGGGCAAUGCGUCGGCAACGUGCGCAGCUUGAUCGGACUCGCACCGGCCCAAAUAAAGCUCUCCGAGGUCUCAAGUUUAUCAAUAAAAGUAAAACAAAUGAUUGGAACGAAGUUCAGAACAAUUUCAAUAAGCUUGCAAAAGAUGGUUUCCUUUACCGUUCUGAUUUUGCACAAUGCAUAGGUAUGAGAGAUUCCAAAGAAUUUGCGUUGGAAUUAUUCGAUGCAUUAAGCAGAAGGCGAAGGAUACAGAUGGAGAAGAUUAGCAGAGAUGAACUCUACGAGUUUUGGUCACAAAUUACAGAUCAAAGUUUCGAUUCCAGGCUCCAGAUUUUCUUCGACAUGGUAGACAAGAAUGAAGAUGGUCGAAUAACUGAAGAGGAGGUCAGAGAGAUUAUUACGCUAAGUGCCUCGGCAAAUAAGUUGUCAAGAUUACAAGAACAGGCAGAAGAAUAUGCAGCUUUGAUCAUGGAAGAGCUCGAUCCUGAAAGACUUGGCUACAUCGAGCUAUGGCAACUGGAAACACUCUUGCUGCAGAAGGACACAUACUUAAACUACAGUCAAGCCCUAAGCUACACAAGCCAGGCUUUGAGUCAAAACUUACAUGGACUAAGAAACAGAAGUCCCAUAAGAAGAAUGAGUACAAAACUGCUUUAUUUUUUGCAAGAAAAUUGGAGGAGAAUUUGGGUCCUGUUGUUGUGGAUUUUGAUAAUGGUUGGGCUCUUCACUUGGAAAUUCUAUCAGUAUAGACAGAAAAGUGCAUUCAAAGUUAUGCGUUAUUGUCUUCUUACAGCUAAGGGUGCCGCUGAGACAUUGAAACUCAACAUGGCUCUUAUACUAUUGCCAGUGUGCAGGAACACUAUUACUUGGCUGAGGUCCUCUAAGUUGGGCUAUUUUUUGCCUUUUGAUGACAACAUCAAUUUUCACAAGACCAUUGCUGCGGGUAUUGUAAUCGGUGUCAUACUCCAUGCUGGUAACCACCUAGCAUGCGAUUUUCCAAGGCUAAUACACGAAUCUGAUGCCAGAUAUAAGCUUUAUUUGAUCAACGACUUUGGUCAUCAUAAACCCAAGUACAUGGACCUUGUUAAAGGAAUUGAAGGUGUGACAGGAAUCCUAAUGAUAAUCUUCAUGUUGGUUGCUUUCACUUUGGCGACGAGGCAGUUCAGGCGGAGCCUUAUUACGUUGCCUAAGCCCUUCAACAGACUCACAGGUUACAAUGCCUUCUGGUAUUCACAUCACCUGUUUGUCCUUGUUUACAUCUUGCUAAUCAUCCAUGGUGUGUUCCUUUAUCUUGUGCACAAAUGGUACAAAAAGACGACGUGGAUGUACCUUGCUUUUCCUGUACUCCUAUAUGCCGGGGAAAGGACCCUCAGAUUUUUCCGGUCAGGCUUGUACACAGUCCGGCUGCUGAAGGUUGCUAUUUAUCCAGGAAAUGUCCUGGCAUUACAAAUGUCUAAGCCUCCCCAAUUUAAAUACAAGAGUGGACAAUACAUGUUUGUCCAAUGCCCUGCUGUUUCCAAACUUGAAUGGCAUCCAUUUUCCAUUACCUCAGCCCCCGGGGAUGAUUACCUCAGUGUACACAUACGGCAGCUGGGCGACUGGACACAACAACUGAAGAAGGUAUUCUCUGAGGCUUGUGAGCCACCUGUCUGCGGGAGGAGUGGGCUACUCAGAGCAGAUGAAACAACCAAGGGAAGUUUGCCAAAGCUAUUGAUAGAUGGACCUUAUGGAGCUCCUGCACAAGAUUACUUUAAAUAUGAUGUCCUCCUACUCGUUGGACUCGGAAUUGGAGCAACACCUUUUAUCAGUAUCCUAAAAGAUUUACUGAAUAAUAUUGUCAAAAUGGAGGAGCAGGCGGAUUCAAUUUCAGAUUUCAGUAGGCAUUCGGAUCAGAGUCUUGGAUCAAUUAGCUCGCCCUCUGUCAACAAGGUAUAUACAAAACAGAAGAAAACACUGAGGACGACGAAUGCUUACUUUUAUUGGGUGACAAGGGAACAAGGAUCCUUUGAUUGGUUCAAAGGUGUCAUGGAUGAAGUUGCGGAACUUGAUCAAAGGGGUGUCAUUGAGAUGCACAACUACUUAACUAGUGUAUAUGAGGAAGGGGAUGCUCGCUCAGCUCUCAUCACCAUGGUCCAGGCGCUAAACCAUGCUAAGAACGGGGUCGAUAUUGUCUCUGGUACAAGGGUCAGAACUCAUUUUGCAAGGCCUAAUUGGAAGAAAGUUUUCUCUAAAAUUGGUACUAAGCAUGCUAAUGCAAGAAUAGGAGUUUUCUAUUGUGGGGCACCAGUUUUAGCCAAAGAACUCAGCCAGCUAUGCUAUGAUUAUAAUCAAAAGGGCUCAACCAAAUUUGAAUUCCACAAAGAGCAUUUCUAGAAAGCAAGUUAUCGUCUAAUGUCUUGAUUGCUAAGCCAUAUUAGACAACACUAGAUAAUAAGAUGAAGUCAACUCCGGCGUAACAAACAU